AUGGACGACGACUUUCUAACACGCUACUCCAAUUUCGCCAAACUGGUUAGAAUCACAGCGUAUUGCACGAGAUUUACGACGAAAUUCAAAGGAGCCAUAUUGGCAGACGAAUAUGAGCAAAGUUGGUUGAGAAUCCUACGAAUCAUUCAACAAAAGGAGUUCUCGGACGAAAUCGACGAUAUUACGAAAGGAAAACCUCUAAAGAAGAGGCUGAGAAGUCUUAAUCCAUUCAUCGACCGCGAUGGAAUUCUGCGGGUGGGGGGCAGGCUUCGCAACGUGAAUGUAAACAAUGACUAUCGACAUCCGAUCCUUUUGCCGCCCAGUCAUCAUGUCACCCAUUUACUAAUUCGAGAAGCUCACGAAAGGACAAUGCAUGGUACCGUCAAUAUGGUUCGCCAAUACCUACGGAUGCGGUACUGGCUCAUAAAUGACAAAAAAAGUAUUCGACAUGAACUACACCGAUGUCUGACCUGCCUUAAACAAAACAGUAAACCAGCUACUCAGCUGAUGGGUGACUAUCCGGCAGUUCGUAUCAAUCCAGCCCAUCCAUUUAUGCACUGUGGAGUCGACUUUGCUGGACCCUUUAGAACACGCAUGUCUAAAGGACGAUCCACUGCAACCCUAAAAGGAUACAUUUGCCUGUUUAUAUGCAUGGUCACCAAGGCCAUACAUUUGGAAUUAGUUAGUGACCUGUCUACUGAGGCCUUUUUAGCUGCAUUCAAAAGGUUCAUCAGCAGACGAGGUCUAUGUAAAGAAAUAUAUAGCGACCAUGGCACAAAUUUCACUGGAGCCAGCAAGUAUAUCGAUCAAGAGAUGGCUGAAGCCAUCGAAAGAAGUUCGAACGAGAUCGCUCGUAUAACAGCAAAGGAUGGCGUUAGCUUUAAAUUUAUUCCCGUAGCCACUCCUCAUUUCGGGGGGCUAUGGGAAGCCGGCGUGAAAUCUGCAAAGAGGCAUAUAAAAGGUGUGUUCGACGAAUGUAGAAUCGUGCCAACUUUUGAAGAAUUCUCAACAAUUCUAUGCCAGAUAGAAGCAUGUCUCAACUCGAGACCACUUGUACCACUAUCAAACAGCCCAGACGAUUUAGAAGAAUUGACGCCGGCACAUUUUUUGGUUAGCAGACCACUGAUGGCCCUUCCAGAAGUCGACAUAACGAAUGAAUCACUACAUGAUCGCUGGCAACAGUUAAAACAAAUUAAUCAGAUAUUCUGGAAACGGUGGGUCUACGAAUAUCUUCAUCUUCUUCAAAAGAGGGACAAAAGGAUAGCAGAAUCACCUAACUUACGAUGCGGUCAAAUGGUAUUAAUCCGAGAAAGAGAAGCUCCUCCCACGAAAUGGCCGUUGGCUCGCAUUUUAGAGGUACACCCAGGACAAGAUGGGAAGGUGCGAGUGGUCACCAUACGAUACCAUGGUAACAAGUGUAAACAAAUUGAUAUCGUUAACCUUUGUCCGUUACCAGAUGACAUUCCUGCAGAACCCAUUCCAGGACCGUCCAUCAGCGGCAAACCAGCAACCACCAUCAGAAAACGUCCACCUGUUCCGCGAAGAGCUAACAAUCCUCCAAAACCAACGUCCCCAUCAACUGCUAACCGGAAUCCGAGACGAGCGAAAAAACCCAAAAUAGCACCAUGCACUUGGGCGAAGGCACUGCUAAACAUCGCCAUUCUAUUUUUUACCUUCGCAACGGCUUUCACCCAGGAUACAUCCACAGAGUAUUAUAAAAUCUGGAAACCUCAAGCUGGAUACUACGUUGAGAAACUACAACCAGCAAAAAUCAUUAGAGGAAAACUGAGACUAGAAGUCGAUCUUCCUCUGAAAAACGUCAACCAAGACCUAGACGGAAUAGCUUCUACUUUGAACAAGAGCCAGGAGAUGUGCCAGAUGACCCAAGAAUUACUUCAGUCCACUCAUUGCGACGUAUUACUACGACAUUUAACCUCCAAGCGCAAUGAACUCACCAGGCAAACCGACGAAUUAACAGAUAUGAGAGAGUUCUAA